AUAAUAAUGGCUACUGUAUCAUUGUCAAUGAUACAAUGUGAUGCAACACUACACACUGUUGGAGGAACUAAAAAUAAUGGUUGGAGACCAAAUUUCAUGAACUAUACUUCAGACUGGGCUAGCCAUGAAGAAUUUUAUGUUGGUGAUUGGCUUUAUUGGGGAUUUAGUCUGCCCAAGGUAAAUAGGGACCUAUACAGCGUUUAUGAAGUGAACAAGACAGAUUAUGAAUCAUGCAACUCAUCACGUCAUUUUAUCGCGAAAGUGUCUCGAGGAGCAGGACGUGACGUGUGGGAACUUAAGGAACCGAGACCCUAUUACUUUAUCAGUGGCGGAGGUUUUUGUAAGCAAGGUAUGAAACUUGCUGUUUUUGUUAAAGAAUUGCCACCACCACCAGCAGCAGCAAAAGCACCGUGGAAAAGUGGGGCUCCAACAAUGCCUAAUUUCAGUAGUAGCUUAUUCACCACUGUUGCAGCAGCAGCACUGGCAGUAUUGAAGCUUGGUGUUCAUGAUUAG